UCUCGCAAGAUUCGCCACCGAUACAUAUACUUUCCGUUAAGCACUACUACAUAUCGGAUACCAUGCUUCAACGCACGUCACCCGCGUAGAGGUCGGGAGGAUGGACGACGACAGCAGACAGUCGCCAAACAGUGAGAGAAAGCGUUCGAGACAACAACCAGACCAAGACGUCGGCCAAGAGGAAGGCGGGGAGAUGUUCGGUAAUCCCGGUCGCAGGCUCCGAGCCUGGAUGCGCCGAGCCGAGCCUGACCUCGGUGUCAUCGACGAAGCCCUCAUGGACGCCGAAGAGGAGGAGUGGGCCGAAGAGGCCAUGUUAGGCUGGCUGCCUAGAGCAGGCAUGCCCAGACAAUUUAUGGAACGUAUGCUCGCGAACGAGGACCCCGAGAACCCGCGCUGGCGCCGUGCCUACGAUCGCAUCCGUGCUGUCCGUCGCUUCGGUCGCGAAGCCCCAGAUCGCGAAGGCCGAGCAGCCGCAGCAGCAGCCGCUGGACUCCUCCCACUUUGCCUCGACACCGGGUCCGCUGCUGCCGGCGCCAUGGACAUGCAGGAUGACAUUGAUGUUGACAAUGUCGACGACAUGAACAUGGCGGUCGCACUUCAGGAAGCGCACGACUCACAAGCGGGUGGGGCGGCUCCCACCGCAGGCAGCGCACCUGCCUCCGCAGCGGCUGCUGCUGCCUCCCUGGAGGGACUCACGGGCCCGGAAGGCGUUCCGCUUGCAGACGCGGUUCCCGCAGACAGCCGGCUGGCGGUGCUUGAGAACGGCGACCUGCUGAAGGCGGUGCUGCGGUCGCUGGGGGUGGUGGAGCUGUGCCGGGUGGCGGGGGUGUGCCGGCUGUGGAGGCGAGUGGUGGCGGACCCGGACUUUUGGCGCAGCGUGUGCCUGGUUGGGCGUGUGGUGUCCGCGGAGCAGCUCCUGCGGCUGUGUCAGCGCCAGCGCGCCGUCAUCCAGGAGCUGCGGCUGGGCGGCCCCGGUCAGCCGCCCGCCUGCCUGCCCUUCAGCCAGCGCCUGCCCUUCCUGCAGCGGCUGCUGCCGGGGCUGGCGCGCGUGCGGCUGCUGGAGCUGCGCGGCUGCGUGCUGGGGGAGCGGGCGGUGGCGCUGCUGGGGUCGCAGCUGCCGGCACUGCGGGAGCUGGUGGUGGCGGAGGUGACGGUCAGCAACAGCGGGCUGGGGGCGGGGGCGACGUCGGACGCAAGCCUGGCCCACCCCUCCCUCACCAGCCUGCACCUCUCCGACCUGAAGGCCUCCCGCCUCACCCUGUCCGGCCCGCACCUCUCCUGCCUGCACCUCGCCUCCUGCUCCCUCGCCUCCAUCUCCGCCCCCGCCACCUCCCUCCCCGCCCUGCACCACCUCUCCCUCACCGCCACACCCCGCGCCGCCGACGCCGCCCUCCUCACCGCCCUCACCACCCUCCGCACCCUGUCCCUCACCGACACCUCCCUAUCCGAGGACCUCAUCCGCGGUCUAGCCCGCUCCCUGGAACACCUCACCGAAUUACAUCUCAGCGGUUGCAGCGGUGUCGUACUCUCUCCGCAGCGGGGUUCCGUAGCCUUUCCUGAGCUGCGGCGUCUGGGGGUGCAGCACUGCGAGGGGCUGACCGGGGCCGCUGCUGGGCUGUUUGCGGAGGGGUGUGGGCGGCUGGAGGAGCUGGUGCUGGAGGGGUGCGGGGGGCUGGCGGGGCUGAGUGUGGGGGGGAGCAGUGUGAGGCGGGUGAGUGUGCGCGGGUGCAGGAUGCUGGGGAGCCUGGAGCUGAGGUGCAGGCGGCUGGAGGAGCUGCAGCUGGGUCCGCUGCGCCCCGGCGGCCCGGGCGGUGCGGUUCUGCGGCGAGUGGCGGUGAGCAGCGAGGCGCUGCGCUGUCUGAGCUGGCGGCAGCUGCCCUCGCUGGAGGAGGUGGUGCUGGACUGCCCUGCACUCACACACCUGGCCAUUGCGGACUGCGAUGCGCUGGGGGACUCGAUCUUCUCCAUGCUCACGGAUGUGGAGGAGGUCCGACUGGCGCCGCACCCCCAGCAGCAGCAGCAGCAGCCCCCCCAGCCGCCCCAGCGGGCACCGCACCGGCUGUACCCCCGCCAGCGAGCAGCAGCGUCAGCAGCGGGAGCGGUAGCACUGCCGCUAGCAGCUGCAGCGCCGCCACCACUCCUUCCAGCUGCAGCAGCGGCGGCAGGGGCGGGAGCCCCGGCAGCAGCAGCAGCAGCCCCCCAGGAGCCCGGUGGUGAAGCCUGGCGGCCCCUCCCUGCGCGCCUGGCUCUGGUGGUGCGCCCGCCUGCCUUCGUCCGCCGUGUGCGCCACGUUGCGGGGGAGCUCUUCGGGAGCCCUGCUGCUGCUGGCCCUGCUGCCCCUGCUGCUGCUGCUGCUGCACCCCCUGCAGCGGCGGUAGCAGCAGCAGGGGCACCCCCUGCAGCGGCGGCAGCGGCUCAGGCACUUCCUGCUGUUGGAGCUGCAGCUGCUGGUGCUGGUGCUGCUGCUGCCCUGCCCUCUAGGAGGAGGAGGGUGGACCCGGGACACCCCCCGGCCAUGCAGGCAGCAGGCGCACCCGCGGCAGGGGGAGGGGGCUCCGCGGUCCGGCAGGAGGUGUGGAUAGGUGAGGGAGCAGGUAGUGCUGCUGUUGGGGCUGCAGCAGCUGCGUCAGUGGGCGCACCCCUGGUGGCACUGGGGGAGGGGCCGGCGGCUGCUGCGGAGGCGGAGGCGGCUGCUGCUGCUGCGGAGGCGGCUGCGGCUGCGGAGGCGGCUGCGGCUGCGGAGGCGGCUGGUGCGGGGCCCAGCAGGGCCGCUGCUGCUGCUGCUGGUAUGGCAGCAGCUGGUGUGGGUGUGGGUGCUGCUGCUGGUGAUCAAGGCGAUGACAGCGGGCAGCGGUUGGCAGCAGCUGUGGAGGCAGCAGCCGCACCCGCAGCGGCUGCUCCGGCCUUCCCGGACCUCUUCCACUGGGCGGCGCUAGAGGAGGGCCAGAGGAACCUCCUCGACCUCCUGACAGCGGAUGAGGAAGAGGAGGGGGAGGGGGCCGCCGGGCUGCUGCCUCCCAGCCGGCGAGGGCAGCGAGGGGGGCUGGCAGCGGCGGGGGCGGCAGGGGCGGGGGCGGGGGCUCCUCCCCCACGGCUGCCCGAUCCGGGCCCGCCCCGUGCGGUUGUGGCGCCCCUCGUGCCGGCUGACGCGGUGCCGCCCCCGCCCCGCUGGACCCCUCAGGACGAGUGGCUGCCGCCGGUGCCGUGGCAGUGGCCCGUGGCAGCACCCCCGCCUCAACCCCAGCAGCAGCAGCAGCAGCGGGAGGAGGCGCAGUCAUGGGCCGCAGCUCAGCGGAUGUUUGCAUGGGACGUUGACUUGGAGGAGG